AUGUCAUCAUCAAGCCCAAAAACACCGACUCCAGAACCUCCUUCUCCAAAUCAAAUCCCGAGCCCGAACCAGGCCCGAACAAUUCUAAAUGGGCCCGUCGCAAUUCUCUGGGACAUCGAGAACUGCCCCGUCCCAUCCGAUGUUCGGCCCGAAGAUGUGGCAGGAAAUAUCCGCAUGGCACUCCGAGUCCACCCCAUCAUACGAGGCGCCGUUACUAUGUUCUCAGCAUACGGAGACUUCAACUCUUUCCCGAGGCGCCUUCGUGAGGGCUGUCAGCGGACAGGUGUCAAGCUCGUAGACGUCCCGAACGGGCGCAAAGAUGCAGCCGAUAAAGCAAUCUUAGUCGACAUGUUUCUCUUCGCCCUCGACAACUCUCCGCCUUCUUCCAUUGUCCUAAUCUCGGGAGAUGUCGAUUUUGCCCCUGCCCUUCAUAUUCUCGGCCAGCGAGGCUACACUGUGGUUCUCGUCAUCCCUUCGAAAAUCGGGGUCUCGUCUGCUCUGUGCAGCGCGGGUAGGUUCGUCUGGGAUUGGUCGAGCGUCGUUCGUGGGGAGGGUUUUUUCCCUCCUCCGGCGGCGAGGCUCGCUGGAGAUCUUGCCCGGAUUAGCGACGAGGCGGAGGAGGAAUCUAUUGUUUAUAAGGGGAUAUGCGAUUUGGGCCUGCAGAGCCCGAGCGAGGCCCAAGUGGGAAAUUGUUGCGGGCCGAACGAGGUGAAUGAUGGUGUGGCGUGGGUCCAGCCGGGGGAUUUGAAUGGGCUCAAGGGGCAAAUCGUGAAGCUGGUCGAGAUGUCGGGUGGGGUUCUGCAGCUGAUGAAACUCCCGUCCGAGUACCAGAGGAAUUACGGGCGGCCGCUUUAUGUCUCGGAAUAUGGGUCGGGUAAGCUCGUGAACCUUCUAAAGAAAAUGGUUGAUGUGGUUUCGGUCGAGGGGACGGGCCAGAAAAAGGUCGUAUGCCUUCAGAGCCCGAGAAUCGGGCUCGAUAGCCGCCAGCCAGUCAUUUUGGCGAAGAGGGAGAAAAGGGGGAAUGAUGGCGAGGAGGUCUCGGAUGACGAGGGGGGCGAGAAGAAAUCGGGGAGUUUUAGAGAGAUGGAGAAUAAUAAUCUUGAUAAUUUUAGGUACGAGCUUCAGGAGAUUCUGGUGAGUUACUCGUGCAGGAUAUUUAUGGGAUGUUUUGAGGAGAUCUAUUGCCAGAGGUACAAGAGGCAGCUGGAUUAUAAGAGGUUUGGUGUGAGUCGGCUGGAGGAGCUUCUGGAGAAGGUGAAAGAUGUGGUGGUUUUGGAAGAGGAUCCGGUGAGUAAAAGAAGGUUUAUGGUUGCCGUUGGUGGGUGA